UUCACUCAUCACCUCGACUGUAACUCUAAAAACGUCAUUUACAUGAUACAAUGCAACCACUUCUUUAAGCAAUACAUCGGUGAAACCAAACCACAACUUUUGUCCUUAAAAGGACCGUUUCGACGAACACUGCAGACCAGUUGACAACCCAUCUAAUAUGUCUAAUAUCACCAAACCCAUCACAGGAACUAAUGAUCACUCCGCUAAUGACAUCACACUUAUUCCACUAGAACGCAUUAAAUCUAAUAGAGACAGUGCGCGAAAAGCUAGAGAAGCAUACUUCAUUGAGAGAGGCAAAACUCUUGAACCCUUUGGUAUCGAUAAGAAAGAUGAAAUGUAA